GAAAAAAGAAGAAUUUAUGUAUUGGAAUUGAGUGAGGUUAUGGUUCUAAAGUUAAUAACAAAACCAAAUAAUUGUUUCAAAGAUGAACAACUUUUAAUAACAAACUACAAAAAUUAUAAAUUGCUGAAAAGAUGACUAGUAAACUAUCUCCGAAUACUUUCCGUAGUGUAUUUAAGACCAUCGACAAAGAAUUACUACGGUGGUUUCCCGGUCACAUGAACAAAGGUUUAAAACAAAUGCAACAUAAAUUAAGAUCUGUAGAUUGUAUUAUAGAAGUUCACGACGCAAGAGUGCCAAUAUCUGGUAGAAAUGCCGAUUUUAAAUAUACGGUGGGUGGUAUUAAACCUCACAUACUAGUUCUUAACAAGGCGGAUUUAAUAGAUAAAUACUAUUUACAUUCAAUCGAAAAUAACCUUAAACAAGAAUAUCGACACAUAAUAUUUACUCACUGUAAAAAUCAGCAAUGCCCAGGUUUACUACAAGUCUUUCCUUUAGCACAAAAAUUGAUUAAGGAAUCUGAUAGGUACAACAGAUCCAAUGAAGAGGAUUACAACAUUAUGAUCAUUGGAAUACCAAACGUUGGGAAAUCUAGCUUGAUUAAUGCUUUAAGGACAAGGUAUCUAGGAAAAGGAAAAGCUACAAGUGUAGGCGCUGUCCCAGGUGUAACACGAAGUGUUUUGCAUAAGAUAAAGUUAUGUGAAAAACCUUUAUUUUAUAUGCUAGAUACACCUGGAAUUUUAUCACCCACUAUUUCAAGUGUAGAUGCUGGUUUAAAGCUUGCUUUGUGUGCAACUGUUGAAGAUCAUUUUGUAGGUGAACGCAUUUUAGCAGACUAUCUCCUAUUUUGGUUAAACAAACAUAGCCAUUUUGAAUAUGUAUCAUAUUUUAAUUUAACUGAACCAAAUGAUAACAUUUUAGAAGUUUUAACACAUAUCGCCGGGGUUAAUAAGAAGACUAUUAAAUUUAAGGAUCACACUAAUAACUAUGUUAUUAGACCAGACUUAGAUCAAGCUGCACAUAUGAUGUUAAGAGCUUUUCGAGUUGGUAACUUAGGAAGGGUAAUGUUAGAUGAAGAUUUACUCAGGUAGUACUGUAUUCUUGUUUAUAUUAGUAUAUUUUAAUAAAAUUGUUACCAAUA